GUAAUGCUAGUUUUUUAAUUAUAAUAAAAAUGUCAGUCCAUUGGAGUUCAGAAUUAAUGAAGUGGGAGUAUAGGGAGUUGCAGGCAACUGCUAUGUCUGUUGAUUACUCCGGCAAUAAUGUUUUGCUGGCUGGACGAAGGUGGUUAGCUAUAAAACAGAUAAGCUUGGAUGAGGAACCAGGUGAAAUAGUAAAAAAAUACCCACGACAUAGCAAAUACGACGCUGCAGGUGCAGAGUGGUGUCAAACUUAUGCAGGCCAAAGGCUUUGUGCUAUUGCGAGCAAUCAACGUGUUGAUGUGUAUGAAUGGCGAGCAGGCAAUGACCUUACUAAUAUCUGCUCACUAAAAGGACACACCAGAGUUGUAAGUGAUACUCACUUCCACAGACAAGAUCACAACUUGAUGGCAACUUGUUCAAUUGACACCUUUACACAUCUUUGGGACUUGAGAGAUGCAAGAAAACCAAUGAUUUCCUUAUGUGCUGUGGCGGGUGCAUCUCAAGUUCAAUGGAAUAAAGUAGCCUCCCACAUGGUGGCCACUGCACACGAUGGUGACAUUAAAAUAUGGGACUAUAGGAAAAGUUCAUCACCACUUCACUACAUAUCUGCCCAUCUGUGUAAAAUUCAUGGAGUUGACUGGAGUCCACAUCAUGAAUAUCAAUUAGUGACCUCUAGUCAUGACGGCAGCAUCAAAUACUUUGAUAUCAACAAUGCGCGAAGGCCAGAGAAUAUUAUAAUGACAAAUUUCCCUGUGUGGAGGGCAAUUUACACCCCAUUUGGUUGUGGACUUCUGACUAUUGGAGUUGGAUGGGGAGGCCUGCCAAGAGUGGAGCAGGCCGGAGUUAUUGGUGUAUGGAUAGGUGGUACUUUAACCCACAGACUAGUAGGUCACACUGACACUGUACAAACUAUGGUUUGGAGACCAAAUACUUUACCAUCCACAUAUCAAUUGAUAACGUGGGGCAGGGACCAGACCCUAAGACUUUGGUCAAUGCAUCCUUCCCUUUUAAAAAUGUGUUUACAUUACUUACCUGAUGAAUCAGAAAGUGAAGAUGAUAGUACUAGUGAUGCUGUCAGCUAUGCCUCUACAGUUAGCUCAAUGAAUGAUUUGUCAUUAAGUGAUAAAACCCAAGAAGCUGUAAUGAACAAAGCCAACAAAACCAUUACCUCAAUAGAUGAAGAAUUUGAAUCAAUAAGAGAGAUGGCUAACAUUGAAGUAACUGACAUGAACAUUGAAACUAGGACUUGUCAGAUACAUUCAGAGAGAAACGGAUACACUGCCAACCUUCAAGUGACCUUCCCCAGGAAUGUCACGGAACAAACCAUACCAAAGUUUUCCUGGCUAUCCGGCACUAACGUCGAUAGCACCACCACAAUCAAAAUUCUCCAAGCUAUAAACAGAACAGCUUAUCGGAAGAAAAAGGAGGGACAUAGAUGUCUAUUACAUUGUUUGAAAACGCUGGCGACAUCCAUAGAUGAGAUACCAGUGAAAUCAAACGAUGACUCCGACUCCAUGAAAUCGAGCCAGAGGAGUCAAUCGGAGAGCGAGAACGCGGGGGACUCGUGCAUACCGUUCCCUCGGACGUGCGGCGCGAAGUGGUGCGGCGUCAGUACGUUAGUGGUGUUCAACCGGCCGCCUAACGCUAAACGGCUGUCACUGAAGCACGACGGGACGCCGCGCUCCAUGUCGUCGCUGUCGCUGGGUGUGUUUGGAGCCGGGUACUCGUCGGUGUCGCCGCACGCGACCACCACACCCUCGCCCACCAACUCCGCGGGAUUCCCCCAGUUACACCACAGACACGCCUCCAACUCCAUAACGACGUUCUAUUUUCAAGAUCGCUGGAAAGCUCAAAGUCGUCGCGCGGGCAGCAUGCGCAGUCGCGGCAGCAUAUCGGGCUGCACUUCCCCGCGCGUCGUGCUGUACGAAGGCGAGCUUCUGUUCCCGCUCAGUCGCACGCUGGCCGAGAACUACGUCAUCAACCCUGACAAUCCAGUAGAGAUGUGCGAGCGGAACGCAGCUAUAUCGUCAGCAGAGGGUGAGAUGGAGGUGACGGAGGCGUGGCGGCUGGCGGGCCUGGCGGCGCGCGCGCUCGCGGCUGCGCCGCACGACCACCUGCUGUCCAGCGAGGAGAGCAUGGGUUGGGCCGGACACCCGCUCUGCUGUAGCCUCAUACAGACAUUAAUAUCUCAUUACGCCAAGUCAUCGGAUCUGCAGACGGCCGCCAUGUUGGCGUGCGCGUUCUCCGUCUUCAACGACCCGACUAUAUCCAGUUCACAGUCUACUAUUAGUAAUUCUAGUAAUGGCAACAGCACGUCGCCGUACAGCACAAUAAAUCAGUACAGCGAGAUCAGCGCCGACGGCUGGACGCUGCCCAUCAUACUGCGCAGCAACUCAUGCUCCGAGGCUGAAAAUCUGAACACCGACUACACGGCGUCUAAAGCCGACUCCACCGAGACGGUGGUGGACGAGUCCACGGCUCACCUCUACCAGUGCUUCAAACGAGUCUACGCCGACAUACUACAUAGGUGGCAGCUUCUCUAUAAGAGAACUGAGGUGAUGAAGCUAGUGCGGUCGGCGCACGACGCGGAGUUGACGUGCGCGCGAUGCGGGCGCGGCGCGGGCGGGGCGGGGGAGUGCGCGCACUGCCGCCGCGCGCCGCUCCGCUGCGCCGUGUGCGCGCGCACCGUACGCGGUUUAGCGGUAGCGUGCGCGCUCUGUGCGCACGCCGGACACACACAACAUCUGCUCAAAUGGUUCUCGGCGCACGACACGUGCCCGACGGGGUGCGGCUGCAAGUGCGUCAUCGAGGGCUACUCCGUGUGGAAGGGUGUCAAGUACGUAUGACGAAAUGUCAAAAAUUAACACAUUUAAGGCCUAUAUUCUAAUCG